UGUUGUCUUAAGUCACCCAGUCGGUGGUACUUUGUUAGAGCGGCCCUAGGAAACUAACACACCCACCCACUAUAAACGACUAGAAAAUUGGACAAAACAUAUCAAACAAUUGUUUGCAGACAUUGGACAGCCGGCAGUACAGGCCUACUCUCUGUGGGGAAAGAUACCUAAAUUGCGUAGGGGGCACCCAUGUGGACAACCAGUGCAGUCAAGGCUAAGCUGGAAAGUUCUGUGUUUGGGCGCCUGGAUCCCUACUGGAUGGCACCUCCCGUGGAGUCGGCAGCUGGUUAUCUAGACUUCUGUCUUCCCACCUCCAGCCCGUGCAGUGUUGUUCCGACUGAGCCCUCGGUAAAUAAGUGAGGCAUCCGCUUGGACCGUGUUUCCCAAGGUCAUCCUGCAGUUGAAAGUUCGGAUCUGUAACAGUGGUUCUAACCCUGGCUGGAAUUUAGAAUUACCUGAGGAAUCUUCUCAGUGUAUCGAUGCUGGGGCCCCAUCCCAGACCAGUUCAGCUCAGAUGUAGGAGAGGGGCGGGACCCUAGCAUUAAGGUUUUUUAAAACCUCCCCAGGAAAUUCUGUCAUGCAGCCAAAGAGAAGACCCACUGAUCUGUAUCUUACUUCCCAAACUGUUUUGAACAACGCUCCUAAAACGUAAUGAACAGGCGCUUCUUCGUGUAGGCAUCUUAUAAGUUACUCCUCUGCCGUAAUGUAAGUGCAUCCAUCCUCGAAUUCGCCCAAGCAGGUGGAUGUUUUGUUUCAUGGCUGUUGUUGCGUUGGUGUCCUCCCAGCCCACUCUGGGAACUUUUCCUCAGAGGAAACACAGCUUCCUGAUGCUCCGGCAGUGAUUCCCUGGAGUGGCUGUAGGUCCUCCUGGCCGCUAUGUGAAAUCUAGUGUAUUAGUUUCCCAGGGCUGCAUGACAAAGCACCAAGACCGAGUGGCUUCAAGCAAUAGACAUUUAUGCUCUCACACUUCUGAAGGCCAGAAGUCCAAACUCAAGGUGUCUGCAGGGCCAUGCUCUCUCUGAAGGCUCUAGGUGAGGAUCCUUCCCUGCCUCUUCCUGGCUUCUGGUAUUUGCCCGCCAUCGUUGGCUUGUAGAUACAUCACUCCAAUCUUUGUCUCUAUUGUCACACGGCCUUCCCCCGUCUCUCCACGUCGCCUUACCCCUGUGUGUGUCUAUCUUUGUGUCGAUUCUACUCUUCUUAUAAGGAUGCCACUUGCAUUGAAUUAAGGCCAAUCCUACUCUGGUAGGACCUCAUCGUAAUUUACAUCUUAAAUGCAUCUGCAAAGAUCCCAUUCCCAAAUAAGGUCACAUUCACAAGGGCCAGGGUUAGAACUUCACCAUAAUCUUCUGGAAGGACACAAUUAACCCACAACACCAGGAUUACCACAUGUGUGCUGAUUGCACCUGGCCAGUGGGGCUUAGUUACCUUUGCUUGAAAUUAACACCUCCAUCUUUUCUCUUGGUCAUUUUCUUUAAGCACAGGUCUGUUGGCUAUCCAAGCAGAGUGCUCUAUCCUUGCAGUUCAAAGUGUGGUCCACCUUCAGGCAGCAUCCACAGCACUUGGGAGUUUGUUUGAAAUGCAGAUUCUCAGGUCCCACCUUAAACUCACUGAUUUGGGAAUCUGCAGUUUAGCAAGAUCUCCAGGUGAUGCAUAUACACGUCACAUUUCGAAAAGCAGUGCUUUAAAAACCAAAGGCUCAGCUUCCUUUUAUACUGUUGAAUGAUUCUGGUUGCUAUGAGCACAUAAUGUCCUUCGCUUAAAUAGGAAUGAACCAUUAAACACUCUUUUCUUAAAUACCUUCUAAUUAUAUUUUGAAAUGUAUUUGAAGUAAAACUGUUCUGAAGUUAUGAUUUCAAGUGCUCUGAUUAGUUUAAUCAAAACUAACCAAAUCUGAAUUAUCAAGUGAAUCAUUGUAAGAAAAAUCUUCCAACGGAAUUAUCUCCAGCCUAUAUCACCCAAGUCCGGAUGGAGUGAGGGAAGAGCAUGAUUACUCUGGAAAUUAAAAAAAAACAUUUGUUACCAUUUUGGAGGAGAACCACAAAAUAGCUGUUCUCAAAUGUCAAACGUUUAUUUUAUGUAGCCCUAGCUAGAACACUGGAUAGACGUAUUAGGGAGGCACUUUGGGAAGGAUUAUAAACAGUGAUUUCCUAACAAUGAGUUGUUAAAAUACAGGAUAGACUGCCUUAUGAAACUGGGACACUUGUGAUUGAUGAAGAGAAAAAUCUUGUUCUGAAAAGGCCGAUUAGGUAGCUUCCAAGGAUGUUUCCAACUCAAGAUUUCAUGUUGUUGCAAAACUACUCUGAAACUGUAAACUUCAGAAGGAUGGCUCUUUUCUUUUUGGAACUUAUUUCUGGCCUUUGGUUAUGAGUCCAUUGCCUUGAAAUAUUUCUAAUGUGCAUCAGAGUCAUAGCUCAGAAAAAAUCUGUGUUUUAAGCUCCAUUUCAGUAUUUAUCCUGACGACUAUCUUACUUCAACCAGAAUAAUGUAAGAGCCUUUUAUUUGUUGGUGUGUAAGUGUAUAGACGCAAAUAGCCCAAAGAGCCAUUAAGAUGGUCCACUGUCAAUAUAAGAAUACAGGUUAUUUCUUUUCUUUCUAAUAAAUUUUUGUCAAUUAAAACCUCACAUGAUAUGAGUUAACAUUGCUUUUAUGCCUCAUACUGAAUGUCUAUUUUAUAUAGUUUUUCUUCCUUACUUGUGUCUACUUUGGUUGUGUCUCUUCACAACAUCUGUUACCCUUUAAAAAAUCUGCCUUUUGAUGCUUCUCAGAGUCUAUUUAUACCACAGUAAUUGUUACCUUAGGCUUAUUUCCCCAAUUAGAUCCAUCCAUCCAUCCAUCCAUCCAGUUUAUUUUUUCAACAGACAUUUUACUGAACAUGUACUAUGUGUAGGAUGUUAUUCUAGGUGCUGAAGAUACAGCGAUAGCAAGAAAUAUUGCCCGCUCUGGAGAAGGUCACAGGGAUGUUAUCUCUACCAGGAAAAGACUUUGUUUUGCUUACUACUAUAUCCCCAGCAUCUAGCUUAGUUCCCGGCACAUAUAUGCAUUUAUGUAGGAGCACUCCAGCCCGAGUUUCUGGAAGAUCAAUACCAGAUUCCAGAGGUUAGAAGGUUAGAUCAGUGUUCUUUCCCGCCCUGUUGAUAGCAGGGUAACUUUAAUGUUGUGCGUUUCCAGAGUCUGUUUACACAGUCUCAGAACCCUGAGUCUUGUGUGUGUGUUGAAGAUUUCUCUUUCAUCGGAGUGCACCCCCGGCCCCCCAGGACUGACAGGUCUCCCAAAGCCUCCACGCCCGCGUGUGAGCUGUGAGCGUUACAUCCAUCCCUGUUUCUGAGGAUGGCAUCUACGUUUGGCGACGAUCCUCUUGCUAAAGUUCACAAAGCACUUCAAAGUCAGGAGUCGCCGCCUAACCCAGGCCGCGAUGCCCUUCCCGGGGCCCUCGGUGCACGCCCCCCGCUGACCACCUGGGAGCACCGGCGCGCACAGCCCACCGCACACUCCCCGCGAGCGGAGCCAGACGGCGGCGGCGGCGAGACCCAGCCCCCGGGGCAGAGCGCCGCUACCCCAACCUGCUAGCUGUCUGCCGCCCGGUCUCCCACGCCUCCACCCCUCCCCUCCCCUCCCCGGCCUUCCCCGCCGGUCCAUCCCCGCGCCCGCCGCCGCCUCCCUGGGAAGCUUGUCCCUCGCCACCCGCCGUAGCCCGGCGCUGGCCGGUCGCCGUCUCCAAGAUGGCCGCGGCGCGAGCGGCUCCUGCGGCGGGCUAGAGGCGGAGGCGGAGCCGAGUCACUCCUGCACUCCGGGGCUCCGGUCCCCCGCGCCAGGCUGCAGCUUACUGCCCGCCGCGGCCAUGCGGGGCUCCGUGCACGGAUGAGAGAAGCCGCCGCCGCCGCCGAGCUGGUCCCGCCGCCCGCCUUCGCCGUCACUCCCGCCGCCGCCAUGGAGGAGCCGCCGCCGCCGCCGCCGCCGGAACCCGAACCCGAGCCGGAGCGCUGCCGGGCGGCGAGACAAGAGUGCGCAUUGGGAGAUUCAGCUUGUAAGAAUUCUGAGUCUGAUCCUGAGGACUUUUCAGAUGAAACAAAUACAGAGAACCUUUAUGGUCCCUCUCCCCCCAGCACGCCUCGGCAGAGGAAGCGUCUGUCAACCAAACACCAGAGGAAUAAUGUAGGGAGGCCCACCAGUCGAGCUAAUGUGAAAGAAAAAAUGAAUGCACCAAACCAACCUCCACAUAAAGACACUGGAAAAACUGUGGAGAAUGUGGAAGAAUACAGCUAUAAGCAGGAGAAAAAGGUCCGAGCAGCUCUUAGAACGACGGAGCCGGAUCAUAAGAAGAACGUGCAGUGCUCGUUCAUGUUGGACCCAGUGGGUGGGUCUUUGCCCAAAAAAUCAAUUCCAGAUGUGGAUCUCAAUAAGCCUUACCUCAGUCUUGGCUGCAGCAAUGCUAAGCUUCCGGUGUCUGUGCCCAUGCCGAUAGCCAGAACUGCACGCCAGACUUCUAGGACUGACUGUCCAGCAGAUCGCUUAAAAUUUUUUGAAACUCUACGACUUCUACUAAAGCUUACCUCAGUCUCAAAGAAGAAGGACAGGGAGCAAAGAGGACAGGAAAAUACGUCUGCUUUCUGGUUUAACCGAUCUAAUGAACUGAUCUGGUUAGAGCUACAAGCCUGGCAUGCAGGACGGACCAUUAACGACCAGGACCUCUUUUUAUAUACAGCCCGUCAAGCCAUCCCAGAUAUUAUCAAUGAAAUCCUUACUUUCAAAGUUAAUUACGGGAGCUUUGCCUUUGUUAGAAAUGGAGCUAGUUUUAAUGGUACUUUGGUAGAAGGGCAGUGCAGAGCCCCUCAUGGGACAAAGGUUGCAGGUUACCCAACAUAUCAUGAGCACCUCCAACGCCAGAGGGUGUCAUUUGAGCAGGUCAAACGGAUAAUGGAGCUGCUGGAGUACAUAGAGGCACUUUAUCCAUCGUUGCAGGCUCUUCAAAAGGACUAUGAAAAAUACGCUGCAAAAGACUUCCAGGACAGGGUGCAGGCACUCUGUUUGUGGUUAAACAUCACGAAAGACUUAAAUCAGAAAUUAAGGAUUAUGGGCACUGUUUUGGGCAUCAAGAAUUUAUCUGACAUUGGCUGGCCAGUGUUUGAAAUCCCUUCCCCACGACCAUCCAAAGGCAAUGAGCCCGAAGAUGGGGGUGAGGACACAGAAGGAGAGUUGAAAGAGUUGGAAAGCAGUACAGACGAGAGUGAAGGAGAACAAAUCUCUGAUCCAAGGGUACCAGAAACCAGGCAGCCCACUGACAGCAGUUUCAACAUCCAGUCACCGGAUUGCGUAACUAAGAAGCUCGAGAGGCUUGAAUCUGAGGACGAUUCUGUUGGCUGGGGAACACCAGACUGCAGCACAGAAACAGGCUUUAGUAGACAUUGUCUGACUUCUAUUUAUAGACCGUUUGUAGACAAAGCACUGAAGCAGAUGGGGUUAAGAAAGUUAAUUUUAAGACUUCACAAGCUGAUGGAUGGUUCCUUGCAAAGGGCACGUAUAGCACUGGUAAAGAGUGACCGUCCAGUGGAGUUUUCUGAAUUUCCGGAUCCCAUGUGGGGUUCUGAUUACGUGCAGCUGUCCAGGACGCCGCCUUCCUCGGAGCAGAAGUGCAGCGCUGUCUCGUGGGAUGAGCUGAAGUCCAUGGAUUUACCCUCAUUCGAACCUGCCUUCCUGGUCCUCUGUCGAGUCCUUCUGAAUGUCAUACACGAAUGUCUCAAGUUAAGGUUGGAACAGAGACCUGCUGGAGAACCAUCUCUCUUGAGUAUUAAGCAGAUGGUGAGAGAGUGUAAGGAGGUGCUGAAGGGUGGCCUUCUGAUGAAGCAGUACUACCAGUUCAUGCUGCACGAGGUCCUGGACCACCUGGAGGAGACCGACUGCAACAUCGACGCCUUCGAGGAGGAUCUGCACAAAAUGCUGAUGGUAUAUUUUGAUUACAUGAGAAGCUGGAUCCAAAUGCUACAGCAGUUACCUCAGGCAUCUCAUAGUUUAAAGAAUCUGUUAGAAGAAGAAUGGAAUUUCACCAAAGAAAUAAUCCAUUACAUCCGGGGAGGAGAAGCACAGGCUGGAAAACUUUUCUGUGACAUUGCAGGAAUGCUGCUGAAAUCUACAGGAAGCUUUCUAGAAUCCGGCUUGCAGGAGAGCUGCGCAGAGUUCUGGACCAGUGCUGAUGACAGCAGUGCUUCAGAUGAAAUAAGGAGAUCUGUUAUAGAGAUCAGUCGAGCACUGAAGGAGCUCUUUCACGAGGCUAGAGAAAGAGCCUCCAAAGCACUUGGAUUUGCUAAAAUGCUGAGAAAGGACCUGGAAAUAGCUGCAGAGUUCAUACUUUCAGCCCCAGUUAGAGACCUUCUGGAUGUCCUGAAAUCAAAACAGUACGUUAAGGUACAAAUUCCUGGCUUAGAAAACUUGCAGGUGUUUGUCCCAGACUCCCUUGCUGAGGAGAAGAGUAUUAUUUUGCAGCUACUCAACGCAGCCGCAGGGAAGGACUGCUCGAAAGACUCCUACGAACUACUAAUUGACGCCUAUCUGCUUCUAACCAAGCAUAGUGACCGCACUCAGGACUCAGAUGGCAGCUGGGCCACGUGGGAGGCACAGCCUGUCAAAAUUGUGCCUCAGGUGGAGACUGUUGAUACCUUGAGAAGCAUGCAGGUGGAUAAUCUUUUACUAGUUGUCAUGGAGUCUGCGCAUCUCAUAAUUCACAGAAAAACUUUCCAGCAGUCCACUGAAGGACUCAUGACGCUACGCCAGGAGCAGACAUCCAGUCAGCCCGUCAUCGCCAGGGCUUUGCAGCAGCUGAAGAAUGAUGCAUUAGAGCUUUGCAACAGAAUAAGUGAUGCCAUUGACCGGGUGGACCACAUGUUCACUUCAGAAUUUGACGCUGAAGUUGAUGAAUCUGAAUCUGCUACAUUGCAGCAGUAUUAUCGAGAAGCCAUGAUUCAAGGGUACAAUUUUGGGUUCGAGUAUCAUAAAGAAGUCGUUCGUUUGAUGUCUGGCGAGUUUAGACAGAAGAUAGGAGACAAGUAUAUAAGCUUUGCCCGGAAAUGGAUGAAUUACGUCCUGACUAAAUGUGAGAGUGGUAGAGGGACAAGACCCAGGUGGGCAACUCAAGGUUUUGACUUCCUGCAAGCCAUUGAACCUGCUUUCAUUUCAGCUUUACCAGAAGAUGACUUCCUGAGUUUACAAGCCCUGAUGAAUGAAUGCAUUGGCCAUGUAAUAGGAAAGCCGCACAGUCCUAUUACAGGUUUGUACCUUGCCAUUCAUCGGAACAGCCCCCGUCCUGUGAAGGUACCACGAUGCCAUAGCGACCCUCCUAACCCGCAUCUGAUUAUCCCAACUCCAGAGGGAUUCAGCACCCGGAGCGUGCCUGCGGACACGCGGAGCCUCAGCAGCCCCGCCGCUGCCACUGUCACUGCCACCGCCGCCAGCGGUCGCCCCGGCCCCUCCGGCAGCGACUCUGCGCCACCCAAACCCAUCAGCAGUGCCCAUGAGACCAGGGGUUCCAGCGUCCCUGAGAAUGAUCGAUUGGCUUCCAUAGCGGCCGAAUUGCAGUUUAGGUCCCUGAGUCGUCACUCGAGCCCCACCGAGGAGCGAGAUGAACCAGCAUAUCCAAAAGGUGAUUCAAGUGGGUCAACUCGAAGAAGUUGGGAACUUCGGACACUUAUCAGUCAGACUAAGGAUACUGCUUCUAGGCAAGGACCCAUAGAAGCUAUUCAGAAGUCAGUCCGACUGUUUGAAGAAAAGAGAUAUCGAGAAAUGAGGAGAAAGAAUAUCAUUGGUCAAGUUUGUGAUACCCCUAAGUCUUAUGACAAUGUUAUGCACGUUGGCUUGAGGAAGGUGACCUUUAAGUGGCAAAGAGGAAACAAAAUUGGGGAAGGGCAGUAUGGGAAGGUCUAUACCUGUAUCAACGUGGACACCGGUGAACUGAUGGCCAUGAAGGAGAUUCGCUUUCAACCUAAUGACCACAAAACUAUCAAGGAAACGGCAGACGAACUGAAAAUCUUCGAAGGCAUCAAGCACCCCAAUCUGGUUCGGUAUUUUGGUGUGGAGCUGCAUAGGGAAGAAAUGUACAUCUUCAUGGAGUACUGUGACGAGGGUACCUUAGAGGAGGUGUCGAGGCUGGGACUUCAGGAGCACGUCAUCAGGCUGUAUUCUAAGCAGAUCACCGUUGCAAUCAAUGUCCUCCACGAGCAUGGCAUAGUUCACCGUGACGUUAAAGGUGCCAACAUCUUCCUUACCUCAUCUGGACUAAUCAAGCUGGGAGAUUUUGGAUGUUCAGUAAAGCUUAAAAACAAUGCUCAGACCAUGCCUGGUGAGGUGAAUAGCACGCUGGGGACAGCAGCAUACAUGGCCCCAGAAGUCAUCACUCGCGCCAAAGGAGAAGGCCACGGGCGUGCGGCCGACAUCUGGAGUCUAGGGUGUGUCGUCAUAGAGAUGGUGACUGGCAAGAGACCUUGGCAUGAAUAUGAGCACAACUUUCAGAUUAUGUACAAAGUGGGAAUGGGGCAUAAGCCACCAAUCCCUGAAAGAUUAAGCCCAGAAGGAAAGGACUUCCUUUCUCACUGCCUAGAAAGUGAGCCCAGGAUGAGGUGGACGGCCAGCCAGCUCCUCGACCAUUCCUUCGUCAAGGUUUGCACAGAUGAAGAAUGAAGCUAAUCACUGUGGCCUAGGAGUGUGUGUACUCGGAAAAUUCUCUUAAUCACUACUGUAUGUAAUAUUUACAUAAGGACUGUGCCGAGAAGCAGUAUAAGCCUUUUUAACCUUCCAAGACUGAAGACUGCACAGGUGACAAGCGUCACUUCUCCUGCUGCUCCUGUCUGUUCGACGUGGCACGGGGCCCUCCCGAGUGAUGGUGUCUACGAGGUAAAGAAGCUGCAUGUUAAGUGCCAUUACUACUGUACACGGACCACCGCCUCCGUCACCUCUGUUUCUCGGGUGACUGAGAACCGUGACAUCAGUGUAGUAUUUUUGACCUUUCUAGGUUCAAAAGCAGUUGUAGUGUUAUCAGGCGUCCUGGGCCUUGUUGAUCUCGUUUGUCGAGUGCACUGACUGUGAAACCUCACCUGUUGUUGUUGGCAAGCCACGGGUUUGUUAUGCAAAAGGCUGAUUAAUGAAAUUUAAGAAAAAGGUUCUUUUUUCAAUAAAUGGUUUAUUUUAGGAAA